AUGAUACCUGUGAAUGACGAAGAAGAGGAUGAGAGUAUGGAGGUACAUCACAAUACUCCUACUGUUCAACUUCCACCCAUAUCUUCAUUUGAUCACUUACUUAAUGACACUCGUCACAGUAGUAGUAUUCGUUAUAUUUCGAUGUCGUCGGAAAUGCGAGAAUCACGUGACCCAUUUUUACCAGAGCUAUCCCCUCAAGCGAUGUUGAGAGAGCAUAGUGUAGACGUUUUGCGCUCUCCAAAUUUCACAAUGGCGAACAAUAGUCCACAGAAUCGAAACUUUGAGAAUUCUAUGGGUCUUUUGAUCACUACUAACGAAAGUGACAGACCCAAAGCUGUCACGUUGCCAGCAAUGAACGUCCGUACACCGCACCCGGCAGAAGAACUACAACCACAUUUGGGCUUACCAGCAGUUAACAACGAUCCAGCUGUGCUAAAAUGUAGAGAAAACUGUCUUGUUUGCCCUGAGGUUUAUGGGACCCCAAAAGUAUACAGGUCAAUCCAUCAGCGGCCAGGACAAAAACCACACAAAUGCCCCACUUGCGAUCGUAGCUUUGCUCGACCAAACGAUAUUCAACGACAUCAAGUAAGACAUUUGAAAGAAGAGAUUGUCAGUGGCUACGAUCCUACUCGUGGACCUGAUGACAGGUAUCAAAGCUCAGAAAGCCCAUAUAUCACUACCGACGACGCAUCUCCUGGUAAUGGGUUAACAACACUUCUUGGAAAGAGGGCAUUUCGGUGUCCUUACAAUAGCGUUGCCAAUGAGAAACGCAUGGACUCAGCUGAAACCGGAUCCGCGCUGACUACGUGUCAUCCAACGGGGAUUUUCUCACGACGUGACACAUACAAAAAUCAUUUGAAGGCUCUGCACUUCAAAUAUCCAUCGGGAACCCGCAAAAGAGACCGAGCAUCUGUUCCUGGAAAGUGCCGGCACUGUGAACAGGAGUUCAAUAACGUAGACGAGUGGUUAGAGAAACAUGUGGGGAAAUAG